GGGCCCCGGAGGAAGCCAGUUCCUGGCAGCUGGAAGGCAGUUCGGACCUAACUCCCUCCCCAGCCCCAGCCUGCCAUGGGCCUCUCUCUGCCCUGGCUCUCUCGUUGCUGCUGUCGCCUCCUGCCCUCCCGGAUCAUGGCCCCUCACACUUCUCGUGGGGCCUAUUCCCAGAAUGUUGGGCCACCUACAGGGGAACUAGCUACAGAAGAGACCAGGAAGACCCUAUCCCCGAACAAGGGUCCAGGUCACAGAAGUGCAGAGCUGGCUCAGGCAGAAGAACUACUGGAGCAACAGCUAGAGCUGUACCAAGCCCUGCUGGAGGGCCAGGAAGGGGCAUGGGAAGCUCAAGCCCUCGUGCUCAAGAUACAGAAGCUCAAGGAGCAGAUGAGGCGGCACCGAGAGAGCCUGAGAGAUGAUGCUUGAGGGGAUCUGUCCUUUACUUCUUUUACUGGCUGAACCCAAGCAAAUGCUUUUAAGAACUUCUUUGACCCAGGGUCCCAUCCUGUUCCCUCCUUUUCUGGAGCAGAGAGAACACCCACUGAUGGGAAAUAGGAAUGCUCUCCUUCUGAGGAGGGCCAAGAAUGGGCAGGGGUGCUCAGGGGAAGCUAGCCCCUCCUCACCCUAGUAACUAAAUCCUCUCACAAAUGAUCCUAUUUCCAGUCCCCUAAGAUUACUUCCAUUCCUCCCCCAAGGCUGAAGAGGAGAAAAAGACACCACCCACUGUCAUCCCUCAAAUAAAGGAACAAAACUCUCAGACACUCAA